AUGUCCUCUCUCCUCGAAGCACCUCCAUACCUCUUCUCAACACAACAAGUCGACCUAAUGCAAGUAGCUGCGAUAAUCGGCUUCCUAAUCGCCUGUCUCGGUGGCGGAAAGCUCUCCGAUAUGAUAAAAAACGCGAUCGUCCGCCGCAGUUCUGGCCAAGACAUCUGGCCUGAGCAGCGUCUAAUCUCCCUAGUCCCUGGAAUGUUGUUCGGACCCGCAUGA